AUGGGGAACCGCCCAGGGCGGGUCUCGACUGAAACUUCAGAACUCAGAAGCUAUUGCAAAGAGGAGUGUGGGAAAACUCUUGAGAUGAGCCACACCACAAACUUCCAGAAGCUUCCGUGCUGGAGAAACAAGAACCAAAGACGGUCAGAGCGAGGUAUUCAGGCCUUCACCGUGAAGAACUCGGUAAACACAGAGAGGCUCGAUGCAAGAAGGAUGAAGAUGGAAGAAGAACUCACUGAGAACAUCGGGCUCCCGGUGAAUCUGCUUGAGAAACACGACCUAUGGCCGGCCUAUGUCACUUACACCUCCCCGGUGGUGAAGAGACUCAUUGAGAAGAGCAAGGCCAGAGAGCUGGAGUGCUUGCAAACGGUGGAGGAGAGUCGGCGGGUGGGCAAGCAGAGCAAGCCAGCCAGCUUCAUCCAGCUGAAGAGGAGAAAGUCCUCCAAGUCCUCGGGCACUGCCACCUUCAAGGACCUGAGGUCCGAGACCAUGCUGUCUGUGUGGGGCUCCCUCUCCAUGUCGGCCACGGGGCCCCCGAGGGUCCCAGAGACCCUUCACCUCCACUCGGACUCCAGGGCGAGUCCCACCGCCAGCUACAACAAGAUCAUCUUUGCCCGGGCACCCACUGUGAGGACGCUCCCUUACACGGCCGGGCGGCCAUCGGAAAUGUUUUGUCUCUAG